AUGCUCCCGCUGGUGCUGAUGCUGCCCCUGGCGCUGCUGAGCCUCGACCUGGUGGCGCCGUGGCCGUCGGGCUCGAGCGCCAGACUGGUGCCGGUGCUGGUACCCCACGGCUGGGCGCCAGAGGCGGUGAUGUCGAGGCGGUUGACAUGGGACCAUGGCGGCGAUCUUUUCAACGCCGGAGCCGAAGAGGAGGAGCUCAAGAAGGAAUUGGAGGCGGCCAUGAACGGACAGUGGGGCUCUGGCUCCGACGGCAUGGAUGGCCACCACGAGGCGGAGGCAGGCAUGAUGCUGAUAUCCAUGAUGACUUUAACUGCGAUCUCGAUCGGCGCCUGCGUGGGGCAGCUCGUCUUCGCCUGCAAGUACAAGCAGGACGUAGCCGACAAGAGGCCGCACUUGGACCAGGCGGCGCGGCAGCUCCCCUCAGGCGACUUCGAGAACGGCCCUUUCGCUUGCUUCGACGACUGUCACACCUGCAUGCACGCGUUCUUCUGCACAUGCUGCCGCGCCGGGGACACCUUCCAGGCGGCUGGCAUCCAGCAGUACUGGACCGUGAUCGGCAUCUUCGUCCUCGCAUUCAUCGUCGCCGACAUCGUGAGCAGUUUCGUCGCGAGUUUUAUGGGCGCGAAUGCGCACCGCUCUCACGGCGAGUGGUGGCGACCCAGAGUUCGCGAGACGCCUUGCCUCCAACCUCAUGCAUAUGAUCUUGGCGAUCAUCAUUGGUGCCGUCUUCCAGGGGUACCGCCGCAAGCUGCGGGUAAAGCUCGGCGGGAGUGA